GUGUAAGGAAGCAGCAAGGAGCCUGUUUAAAUUUAGGGGCCCCUUUGAUUUAAAAUUAAAGGACGAUUGGGGGGAGGCCAGAAAAGAGAAAGGUUGUAAAAAAAGAAAAAAAAAAAGAGGAAGGGAGUUCUAGUCUGCUGGCUAUUUUUGUGGAUUGAGUUUUCAUUAGGUUUUGGCUGCUUUGUUGUAGGAGAUCAUGGACCCGGAAGUGUGGGAGCUUUACCGUGCAGGAGGAGCCUUGGCACUGGUUGGAAAGGAACUGUUUAUGCCUCUGUGCUUCCCAUCCCUCAGAUUGGUUCGGGCUUAUGUUCGGGAUUGUACUAACCCACUGGAAGAGGACCCAUAUAAACUAGUCUUUACUAUGACCAACAGUGGAAUAUGCAAUCCGGUUCCCCUCCACCUGCUAAGAACCAGCCUUCCCCAUCAGUAUCCCCAACCCCCUUACCAACCCCAGAUAUCAUCAGAGCUUCCUUUCGCUAUCUCGUUUGACCCCCAGAACCUUGCAAAGGAGGACUCGGUCCAGGCAUCAACUUCCAGGAAGAAUCCUGUCUCCUGGGAGGAUGUCGAACUCCUGCAAGGGAGGCUGCACCUUAAGAUUCAAAUGCAUCAAGCGGACCUGAAUCAGGUCAGAGGUAUUUUCGACAGGGUCAUCACCACCUUGGACAAGAGCAGAGCAGCUCAGGAGGAGGUCAAGUCGCUGCAGCUUAUUUUUGAUCAGCCGCCUUGGCGCAGGCACAUCGCUAUUAUGAUCAGGGCAAAUCAGAUAGAGCUGAAUUACAAGCACUUUGAAAAAGGAAAACCAGCAGCUAGCGCUUUCAAGAAUGCCCUGGCUGGAUUGGCGGAGGAACUUUGUGAUAAGAGAUGUCCUGAGGAUGCAAAGACCAUGCUGAAGACUCUGGAACUGGACACGGCGGUUCUGGCCCUGUCCAAAAUAAACAAGGAAUGGGACGAGCAAGAGAACAAGGCGGCGAUCAGAAGCGGGUACCCCUAUGAGGUGAUCCCCUCUGACUCAUCUGACUUAUGGAGGCUCUGUCUGGGAGGGGCCCGCGAUGAUCCCGUUGUAGUGAUGACAGGCGUCAGGCUGACGAGAAGACGGACAGAUGGCCGCCGCUUAGGCGCGGGCUUAGGCGCGGGGAAGGAGCAGCUGCGGGUGCGUGCGACGUCUGCUGGUGUGCGACGGCUGAGAUGCGAGUGCGCGGACUUAGCGACGUCGUUGUGCAUUCGUGGGACGGCGGCAUUCGUCUGGACCGAUUGAAACGGGCGCGCCAGUCGAAAUCUUUUGGAUUGUCCUGGGCCUACCUCUCCCUUCUCUCUCUCUCUCUCUCUCUCUCUCUCUCUCUCGCUCGCUCGUUCGCACCUCCCUCUUUCUCUCUCCGUCUGUCUCUGAGGUGAUUUAUGAUAUUUUGUCUACAAAAAGCUGAUUGCGAAUUUAAACAGAUGACAGCUGAUUGCGCUUCUGGCUCAUCGGCGAUCCGGCUAAGCAGUGGGAGGUUCGCUAUCGCUCUCAAGAGAGGAUGCGAUUUGUCGUCGUCUUGGGGUGUUGAACUGCUCGACCUCGGUCUUCAGGUCAUAAGCUGCGAUUUAAAAAAAUAAAUAAAUAAAAAAAUUUGUACAGGUCACGCGUGGCUUGCAUGUAACUGACUGGGUGAGCCACGUAGUAAGAGUAGAGGCUGCGAUCCAUGCUGCACGAAUAAAGCCAAUAGAAUCAG